CUGAAACUGAACGGAUAAGGACCACAGAUGUCAUGAAGAUCCAUCUUCCGAAUUAGACAUGAUAUUCAACAUUCUGGUUAUUGGUGUACUGGAAAGAGGUCCCUGCUUUCCCACUGAGACUCUUUGAUGGCUAGACAGAGUUUUUGUUGCUGAUGCCAUGGAUGAUUGAUUUUUAAAGUGCUCUUGUGGCGCUCUAAACUCAGAGUUGUUUCCAAAAUGAGCGGUCGAGGAGAGCCCUUCCGUGAGGGGGAGUUGAGAAAUAACAACCAGCAGACUGACGGUGAUGCCAACGCCAAUGAGAUCCGGACAGAAGAUGGCCGGAUGAUGGCUGAAUCUGGCACUAUGACUGAAACAGUACAGCAGGACAAAGUCAUCAUCUGGGGUACAGACUCGCAGUGUGACGACCCCGACCUGGCCGAGUUCGAGAUGCUGGAGUGUCAGGAGCUGGAGGCCUACGUGGUGGAGGAUGGCAAGGACUUUGUCGGGGUUGCUGGGCGAAAAAAGCGUCAAGACCCGAAUACAUCCCGCAGCAAAGGUUCAGCUGACCAUGUGACGGAUAAUAAGAGCAGGGGAGAGAGACAGACUAUUCUGCAUGGAGCCAGUGAGCAGGACACCAAUGCCUCUCAGAAAUCUGAGAGCAGAGAGUUGUCCAAGGCUGAGUUAAGUUCAGAAACGGAUGUCUUUGUGUCCUGUCUGUCCACCAUUUCAAGCAUGGACACUGCUAUGGACACUACUGUCAGAUCCCAGACAACAGACUCCUGGCACAUUGCCUCUGGGCCUUACUCAACCAUCUCAGAAGACUUGACUCUGACAACUGACAAUGUCCCUGAGAGAGGCAAGGUCUCUCAGAGAGCUGAUCAUCAUCCCCUCCCCUCAGGAGAAAACACAAUACACGGGAUAGAUGUGGACAUGAAUUUGAAUUCAACAGUUCAAUCUGAGGAUUUGGUAUCAGAGGCACAAGUCAGCAAUGGAGUUUUUAUGUGUAAGGAUGCCUUUGAUGAACACAGGAAGAACAAUAACCAGAUAAAUAAAGCAGGCAAUGCUAUUGUAGAGGGAGAAUUUGAUAAAAGGAGAAGUACUGAGCACAAGGGUUUACCCACAACAAAAACAGCACACGAACAAAGCAACAUUAAAAUGGAUAAAAGCACACAAGCUGACGAGGCCCCAGAUGUGAACUUCAGCCCGUCAAAAACAGGUACAAAGGGGAAUCAGUCAUCCUUUGAAUCCAAAGCCAUGAAGAAACAAGGAUCAUUUGAUAACUCGUUGAAAAAACAAUACCCUCCUGAAUGGAGUUACAAAAAACAGCCAUCGUUUGAAACUACUUUAAAGAAGCAGCCAUCCUUUGAAAACACCUUCAACAAGCAGGGCUCUUUUGAGAACACAGUACUCUCCAGUUAUUCAAGUCUGGAGAGGAGGAAGCCAUGGGGAAGCCCAAGUCGACCAGUAACUCCUACUUCCCCUAAAAUAACUUCUGGUUCCCCCAAGAGACGACUGCCUGGGUCUCCAGCGAAGGUCCAGAGCAUCAGGUCUCUGAGCUUCGAGCGCAGCGACUCCCCUCAGAGAGGUUUGGGUCCAACUGUCAGACCACCAGGUAAGACAGGUCUGAGCAGCUGCAUCCCCAAACCUGUCUCUUCUCAGCAGAAAGAGCCUGAACCCAGGAGGUCUUCUCCUCCCCAGAAGCCUAAAAAUGUCCGACCCAAAAUAAUCACCUAUGUUCGAAAGAAUCCUCAAGCUAAACCGCAAGGGACAGAAGUCCCAAUUGAAGGCUCUCCACUCCCACAAAGAAUAUCCUCUUACUCCAGCCCACCAGCUCAGAAAGAUGCAAAGGUUGGUACUCAACCUAAAUCCUCGCCGGUGCUAUGCUCCUCCAACCUGCUGUUUGACAAAUAUCGACAGGAGAUGCCGAAGUCAGGUUACCAUCCUCCAGGCAUGGCUUCUGCUGGGGUAAAACCUCCAGGCAACACCGCUCCUCAAAGGUUGAGUGGGAAGUCGGGCAGUUUUCAUGAGGAUAUUCCAGAAAAAACACUCCAAGAGAAUGUUUCCCAGGAUGGAUGCAGUGUCUAUCGCUCACCCAGAGCUCUGAGGCCUCAGCUGGGGUUAGGAGCGGUCACCAGGCAGCCUGCAGCCAAGACAAGAGUUCAGAUGGGUCAGAGGUCAGCCCCAGUCCCAGGCCAGUCUGCUCAGCCAGCCGGAGCGUCCAACCAAGGCAACCAGGACCCUGCAGGAGAUCAGAAGAGGUCUGGUCUCCGUCCUCCAGGCUUCUCCGCCCUGCCAAAUUCCCGUCUGGCUACCCUCGGCUUUGUCCGUAGCUCCAGUGCCUCAUCUGUGUCCAGCAACCAAUCAAACGACAGCAAUCAAAGCGAUCCCUGCCGACCCUCUGAGCACCAUGGCAGUGGCAGCGAUGACACACCUCACCAACACGCCCCUCAGCCUCCCAACGCCCCCAGCCUGCAGCGCCGCAGUCUGCCCCCGCAGGGCUGCUCCCCGCUCGCCUCUAGGAGAGAGAUGCAGAAGGACAUGGAGGCUGCACCAAAGUCCUCUCCUAAAAGAUUUGCUGUGGUUUCGCCAAAGCCACAGUCCCCUGUUCGGGGGCGGACGGCAGCAGUUCACGGCGCUGUUCGGACUGAGCGGGCCCAGGAGAUGGACCGGGUUCUGAUCCAGCAGCUGAGGGAGCGCUGUGAGCAGCAGGACCUGCAGGUUCAGAGCCUUCAGGCCCAGCUAAAGAAAGCCUCUCUGUGUCUGGACGUUUUCAGCAUCACUACCCAGCAUUUCUGUAUCAAGAGUAUGGAUGAAGCUCUUGUUUAUUGCCCUUUCCUGGUCCUCUGCCUCCAUUUCCCAGCACCACCCACGGGUUCUGCUCUACAGUAG